AUGGCUUCUUCACUCGCUCUCAGAAGAGCUGUACGCGGCCCCGCUUUCUUCAACCGGCUCCUGUUCCCCGGCAGAGUCUGUUCGGUGGCUCCCUCUGUUAAGCGCUCCUACAAUACUAACGCUCAGAUGACCCCUUAUGAUGAGGGUGAUAGGAGAGUCGAUGUUGAACGCCGUUCUGACAGUUCCGUCACUCGGCGUCGUGACGAUUUUCCAACUUUUUUCUCCGAUGCCUUUGAUCCGUUCUUUCCCGGUAGAAGUUUGAGCCAAGUCCUGAAUAUGAUGGACCAGUUUAUGGACAGCCCUUUCAUGACUGCUGGCCGUGGAAGGGGUAUUGGCGCCGGAGUAAGGAGGGGAUGGGAUGUGAAAGAGGAUGACGAUGCACUUUAUCUCCGACUAGAGAUGCCCGGACUUGACAAGGAUCAAGUGAAAGUCUUGGUCGAGCAGAAUACCCUGGUGAUCAAAGGGGAAGGUGAGAAAGAAUAUGAGGAUGAUGAACAUGGAAGACGAUACUCGAGCAGGCUCGAUUUGCCACCAAACUUGUACAAACUCGAUGGGAUAAAGGCUGAGAUGAAGAACGGCCUAUUGAAAGUUGUGGUGCCUAAAGUGAAAGAGGAAGAGAGGAUGGAUGUGUUUCAGGUUGAUGUCAAGUGA